AUGGCUUCCUCUUCGGGUGCUUCUUCUGGCUAUGUCUCAAAGACGGAGGAGAUGGAGCGGGCUUUGGAGAAGGCAAAGGACGUUGCCCCACAGCUUACGACAGACAAGUUCAAUGAAAUCAAAGCGUGCUUUGAGACAGGCACGGACACGAAAGAGAUGAAGGAGGGCAUCGUCUUAUUUGAAAGCAUGCUGUUGGUGAUGAAGCACAAGCUUGAUAGCACGAGUGGUUCCGACAAGAGUGGCUCCGAAAAGAAGCACAAGCUUGAUAGCAUGAGUGACUCCGAGGAGGGUGGCUCCGAAAAGAAGCGCAAGCUUGAACGCAUGUGGGGCCCCGACAAGGUCUUGAGUCGUGAAGAACAGCUACUUGCUCAACUGGCGCCAUUCAGAGCGUGGAUGUGA